AUGGUGAUGAGCCUUCGUGUUUCAGAGCUACAAGUGUUACUAGGCUACGCAGGACGCAACAAGCACGGCCGCAAACACGAACUGCUGACCAAAGCCCUACACCUCCUCAAGGCCGGCUGCAGCCCCGCUAUCCAGAUGAAGGUGAAGGAGCUCUACAGACGCCGCUUCCCCACCAAGAUGGUGUCUCCGGUGGACCUGGCCCUGCCCAGUGUCCACUCCACCCUGCCUGGAGGCCUCACCUCGCUGGGGUUUGACAGCCACGGGUCCCCCUCGCCCCUCUCCCUGCUGGGGCCCAAACACGAGCUGGGCCUGCCCCACCUUCCCUCCUCCCUGCACCCCGUACACUCUGACGUCAAGCUGCAGAGACUUACCUCCACCCUGCACCCCGUACAUCCUGACGUCAAGCUGCAGAGACUUCCCUUUUACGACAUGCUGGAUGAGCUCAUCAAACCCACCAGCCUGGGUGAGUAGUCUGGUCCAUGGAUGUCUGUCUGUUAGUUAGGCCAUCACAGGGUUGGCUUCUCAUGGAUGUCUGUCUGUUAGUUAGGCCAUCACAGGGUUGGCUUCUCAUGGAUGUCUGUCUGUUAGUUAGGCCAUCACAGGGUUGGCUUCUCAUGGAUGUCUGUCUGUUAGUUAGGCCAUCACAGGGUUGGCUUCUCAUGGAUGUCUGUCUGUUAGUUAGGCCAUCACAGGGUUGGCUUCUCAUGGAUGUCUGUCUGUUAGUUUAGGCCAUCACAAGGGUUGGCUUCUCAUGGAUGUCUGUCUGUUAGUUAGGCCAUCACAGGGUUGGCUUCUCAUGGAUGUCUGUCUGUUAGUUAGGCCAUCACAGGGUUGGCUUCUCAUGGAUGUCUGUCUGUUAGUUAGGCCAUCACAGGGUUGGCUUCUCAUGGAAGAAGGUGGAUUAUCCACACAGUCUGUGAUAGAAUUCAACAGUAUCUUUCUUUAAUCACUUUACCUUUUGUACUCUGCACCUGCAGGUUAGUGGAUGUACUUCUAAAUGUGCUUCUCGUGAACCCACAUGAGAAUUGUAAUGUCGUUGUCUGUCUUGUUGAGCGGGGUAUGGUGACUAUUCAUCCUGUCGUUGUCUGUCUUGUUGAGCGGGGUAUGGUGACUAUUCAUCCUGUCGUUGUCUGUCUUGUUGAGCGGGGUAUGGUGACUAUUCAUCCUGUCGUUGUCUGUCUUGUUGAGCGGGGUAUGGUGACUAUUCAUCCUGUCGUUGUCUGUCUUGUUGAGCGGGGUAUGGUGACUAUUCAUCCUGUCGUUGUCUGUCUUGUUGAGCGGGGGUAUGGUGACUAUUCAUCCUGUCGUUGUCCUGUCUUGUUGAGCGGGGUAUGGUGACUAUUCAUCCUGUCGUUGUCUGUCUUGUUGAGCGGGGUAUGGUGACUAUUUCAUCCUGUCGUUGUCCUGUCUUGUUGGGAGCGGGGUAUGGUGACUAUUCAUCCUGUCGUUGUCUGUCUUGUUGAGCGGGGUAUGGUGACUAUUCAUCCUGGUCGUUGUCUGUCUUGUUGAGCGGGGGUAAUGGUGACUAUUCAUCCUGUCGUUGUCUGUCCUUGUUGAGCGGGGUCUGGUGACUAUUCAUCCUGUCGUUGUCUGUCUUGUUUGAGCGGGGUAUGGGUGACUAUUCAUCCUGGUCGUUGUCUGUCUUGUUGAGCGGGGUAUGGUGACUAUUCAUCCUGUCGUUGUCUGUCUUGUGAGCGGGGUAUGGUGACUAUUCAUCCUGUUGUUGUCUGUCUGUUGAGCGGGGUAUGGUGACUAUUCAUCCUGUCGUUGUCUGUCUUGUUGAGCGGGGUAUGGUGACUAUCAUCCUGUCGUUGUCUGUCUUGUUGAGCGGGGUAUGGUGACUAUUCAUCCUGUCGUUGUCUGUCUUGUUGAGCGGGGUAUGGUGACUAUUCAUCCUGUCGUUGUCUGUCUUGUUGAGCGGGGUAUGGUGACUAUUCAUCCUGUCGUUGUCUGUCUUGUUGAGCGUGUAUGGUGACUAUUCAUCUGUCGUUGUCUGUCUUGUUGAGCGGGUAUGGUGACUAUUCAUCCUGUCGUUGUCUGUCUUGUUGAGCGGGGUAUGGUACUAUUCAUCCUGUCGUUGUCUGUCUUGUUGAGCGGGGUUUUGGUGACUAUUCAUCCUGUCGUUGUCUGUCUUGUUGAGCGGGGUAUGGUGACUAUUCAUCCUGUCGUUGUCUGUCUUGUUGAGCGGGGUAUGGUGACUAUUCAUCCUCUCUUUGUGUUCUUUUGUCCACAGCCUCAGACAACAGUCAGCGGUUUCAGGAGACGUGUUAUGCCUUUGCAUUGACACCUCAGCAGGUCCAGCAGAUCAGCAGCUCCAUGUAAGACUGAGGGGAGGGGAGGAGAGUGUAGGGGGGGAGAGUAGAGGGGGAGAAGGGGAGGAGAGUGUAGGGGAGGAGAGUAGAGAGGGGAGGGGAGGUGGAGGGGAGGGGAGGUGGAGGGGAGGAGAGGUGGAGGGGAGGAGAGUAGAGGGGGAGAAGGGGAGGAGAGUAGAGGGGGAGAGGGGAGGGGAGGUGGAGGGGAGAGAAUAACUAAGGACUGACUGCUGUACAUGAUGCCCCUAUCUAAACCAAUAAAACACACAGAACCACUGAGCAUGUCUGUCUUUACGAUAUCUCCCUCAGAAACAGGAUGUGACGUUUCAAUUCAUAUUCGCACUAGGCGUAAUGUUCGUUAUGCAAAGGAACAUAGACAUGGAAAAAAUACAGUUUAUAAACUGCAAAUCGAUCCACGUGAGGCAAUUGCGAGUUGCAGUAUUUGAAACAUGCAUUGGAUAAUGGUAUAAUACCUUCCCGUCUACUUGAAAGUUAUGUUUAUUUUGCUCACUGCUCCUUGCUUGACUUCUCACCUAAACCUCCUGUCUGGCUGGCUGGCUGGCUGGCUGGCUGUCUGUCUGUCUGUCUGUCUGUCUGUCUGUCUGUCUGUCUGUCUGUCUGUCUGUCUGUCUGUCUGUCUGUCUGUCUGUCUGUCCUGUCUGUCCUGUCUGUCCUGUCUGUCCUGUCUGUCCUAUCUAUCUAUCUAUCUAUAGGGACAUCUCUGGGACCAAGUGUGACUUUGCGGUCCAGGUUCAGUUAAGGUAAGGAUCCUGUGGUGUUCUAGCCUGUUCUGUAUUUAUUUCACCUCUAUUCACUGUAUGACUUGUAUUCACUGUAGGACUUGUAUUCACAGUAUGACUUGUAUUCACAGUAUGGCUUGUAUUCACUGUAUGACUUGUUCACCAAGUAAAGUAGAGAAAUGCCUGCGCUACUAAACGUCUUUAUGAGAUGGAGGCUCAUCUAGGUAGUCAAUAUGACCACUGACUGACUAUUGUCUAUUACUGGGUCUGUCAUUUUGAAUUGGUUAUUGGAUUUGUCAUUCAUAUUGAUCUCUGGUAUUGGUUAUUGAUCUCUGUAUGUUCUCUCCCAGGUUUUGUUUAUCAGAGACGAGCUGUCCCCAGGAGGAUCAUUUCCCAUCCAACCUGUGUGUGAAAGUUAACAACAAGCCCUGCAACCUCCCGGUGAGUCUGUCUGACAGCAGACUGUUAACUACCACACAUUAAGCCAGUGUUUCCUGGCCCUGGGGACCUAAAGGAGUGCAUCCUGGUCCUGGGGACCUAAAGGGGUGCAUCCUGGUCCUGGGGACCUAAAGGGGUGCAUCCUGGUCCUGGGGACCUAAAGGGGUGCAUCCUGGUCCUGGGGACCUAAAGGGGUGCAUCCUGGUCCUGGGGACCUAAAGGGGUGAAUCCUGGUCCUGGGGACCUAAAGGGGUGAAUCCUGGUCCUGGGGACCUAAAGGGGUGAAUCCUGGUCCUGGGGACCUAAAGGGGUGAAUCCUGGCCCUGGGGACCUAAAGGGGUGCAUCCUGGUCCUGGGGACCUAAAGGGGUGCAUCCUGGUCCUGGGGACCUAAAGGGGUGCAUCCUGGUCCUGGGGACCUAAAGGGGUGAAUCCUGGUCCUGGGGACCUAAAGGGGUGCAUCCUGGUCCUGGGGACCUAAAGGGGUGCAUCCUGGUCCUGGGGACCUAAAGGGGUGCAUCCUGGUCCUGGGGACCUAAAGGGGUGCAUCCUGGUCCUGGGGACCUAAAGGGGUGCAUCCUGGCCCUGGGGACCUAAAGUCCAUUUUAGAAUAAGGCUGUAACGUAACAAAAUAAGGGAAAGGGUUCUGAAUACUUUCUGAAUGCGCUGUAUAUAUCACUGUUAGAACUGCAUACGCUCUUAUUCAAAGGGCUUUACAGUACAUACAUUUUUUGUAUGUUUGUGAUCCCUUCGAGAAUUGAACCCACAACCUUGGAGUUGCUAGCGCCAACUCAAACCAACUGACAUUGACCCUGUUGUCUCCUCUUCCUCCUCAGGGCUACCUUCCUCCAACCAAAAACGGAGUGGAACCCAAACGGCCGAGUCGCCCCAUCAACAUCACGUCACUGGUCAGACUGUCCACCACAGUGCCCAACACUAUCGUGGUGUCAUGGACCUCAGAGAUAGGCAG